ACACACACACACACACAACAGAGUGGAUAUCGGACUAGAUGAUGGAACAUACUUCCGGGAGGAGGUCGCUCACAGACUUCAAAAUAAGAACCCUAAAAUUAAAUUUUUUUCAAAUUUUAAGUUAUGAUAACUGUGCUCAAGCCAGCUUGAAAGACUACACAGUAAAACUACUUAAAAGUAUUUUUGCAUGUCAUAUAAGAAGUUUAAAGUCCAAAAAUCUCAUGCUCAUGACUGGAAGAAAUGUUUCUUUAUUUUUAUUUUUUUAUCCCGAAUCAGAUUUAGGCAAAAAUUAUUGUUUUUGUUAUCUGGAAGAGACUUUGAUUUCGGAUUGCUUAAAAAAACCUACACAGUAAAAGUACUUCAUUAAAAUUAAAUAUUGGAAACGAAACACCACGUCAUCUUUUACUUUGAAAUCCGGAAGUACUUCAUGGUGGGACCUGUAGUAGCUCGCUCUGGUCGAGUAUAUUAUACUAUAUACGAAACGAAAUUUCAUUUUGAUUCGAUUCCGCAAAUAAUUAAUGUGAAAGUAUUCCAGUAACAUCUGUCCAACACACGUGAGAUCGUAUUUAAAAGUCAUUUCCAGCAGCUCCCCAGAGCUGUGUCACUGCGACUACCGUAAACAUUUGAUCAGUCACACACUGACCACGGAAACACGAAUGACGGCGUAAUUAACCCCGACAAAUUAGAACUACCUCUACUUCCUUCACGUUUUGUGUAUUUUUUGUUUUCUGCCAUUAUGUUCAAAAACUAUAUAUUGUCGAUUAAUCCAUUAUGUCUUUGGUCCUUAAUGGACAAAAUACUCUGCAGAUUAAUCGAGAUUGAAAAUAUUUGUUCGUUGCAGCCCCAAGUUUCACCCCAAACCAAAACCAAAAAUGAGCGAGUAUCUCAUGACAGGUUUUAAGGUACGACCUCAGCAGGAGACUUGAACGCAUCGGUGCGGAAAACUUCAACAUUCUCAGUGGGAUUUUCUCUGAGGAACGUUCAUGUUCGCUCGUUUUUCCGGUGUUUUGGACAGGCGUUGGUCUCACGGUUAGGUCUAAAUGUCCCGGUGAACAAUGCUUAAGCCAAACACUUCAGUUUUCCCAUUAUGGAUUAUAUUUUGUCGUAACUAGCUAACGUUAACAUCUACCUCGUAACCCCUCCUCGUCGCUUGUCUGCUCCAAAGUGCAACCGGCGUUAGGUUUUCUUGUUUAUGUAAAAGUUCACCAGGUUAAAGGGUAUUUUACCGGACUUCGGGUUUAGUCACGACUUCCACAGACUGUUACUUUCUGUCACACAGUGCGGCUACAUUAACGUUGCCGAAGGCUUUACGUGUGAUUUCUACGAGCGUCGACAUGAGUCAAAGAGGUGAAACGAGCGAAGGAGCCCCCGGAGCAGCAGCAGACCAACAGAAGAAGAAGAUGAAAACCAUUUACAUCGUUUACCUCAUCGCUGCUCUGGAUAUAACAUGGAUGUUUUUGCAGUUUUCUGUUACCCCUUAUUUGGCAAAGAAACUCGGCUUCGACACUUUGUGGUUUGGUUAUUUGCAAACCAUGGUGGGCAUCAUUCAGCUGCUCGGGGGUCCUAUGUUUGGAAGGUUUGCAGAUCUCUUCGGGGCACGAGUGGCUUUGUCUCUGGCCUGUGCUUCAAGUAUUGUUUUCUUUCUGCUGUUGGCCAUAGCAGACCAUCCUGCCAUGCUGUUCAUCCACAAAAUCCCCACAGUCUUCAUGCAUGUCCUACCUGCGUCUCAGAUGGUUGUUACAGACCUUUCAGAACCUGAGAAACGUGCAGAUGCUUUAUCAAAACUAGGUCUGUGUUUUGGUGUCGGUAUGAUCGCUGGCUCCACGUUGGGCGGACAUCUUAACACACGCUACGGGGAGGCAUUUACCGCAUGUUUUGGUGCUGUGGGGAGUGCCUUCAGUUUACUGUUGGUUUUAAAGUUUAUCCCAAAAACUACUAAAGCUCAAACUCCAAGAGCCAACACAGAAAGUGAGAACAAAAGAAAGUCAAUAUUCAACGUGGGCGAGAUCACAAGACUGACGAAGUUUCCAGGUGUGACUGCAACUUUUCUUGUGAAGAUAGUCGCAGGCUUGCCGUCAGGCAUUUUUCAAGUGAUGUUUUCCAUCAUCGCGCUGGACAUCUUCAAGCUGCAACCUGAGCAGAAUGGCUAUCUGAUGGCCUACUUUGGCAUCGUCCAAAUGGUUGUUCAGGGAGGAGUGAUCGGUCGACUUACGGCGAGAUACUCCGAGAGCUCGCUGCUGCUUCUGUCCAUCGGAGUUUCUUCUUUGGUGGGACUGGCUCAGGCCUACAUGCAGAAUGUGUUCCACUUCUGCCUCACCGUCAUCCCCAUGAUGUUUUCUCUCAGUGUGUUUAAUGUGAUCACAGACAGCAUGCUCACCAAGAGCGUACCGUCCUCGGACACAGGCACAAUGCUGGGGCUGUGUUCAUCCGUUCAGUCUCUGCUUCGCACGGUUGGCCCGACUGCUGGCGGCUUCCUGUAUGUGAACUAUGGCGUUUCUUCUUUAGGCCUAAUCCAGUUUGUUGUGAAUAUUGCUGUGUUUGUUUAUCUGCUGCUGCGUCGGCCAAAGAAGUUGGCCGAGCAGAAGGAAUGAAAUCACUUAGUUUUUUGAAAAUCUCCAAAAAGCCUUACAGAGGAAAUCAGUAUUUGAUUUUAGGAACUAUUAUUUCUACAAUUGCACAUACUCGUCGUUUACAUGACGCGAUAAGGCCAACACUUCAGCAUUUUCACUGUGUUUCUCAGGCAGAAAAAAACCACUAGAUGGCAGCAAAGCCCUCAUUUCACCUGAGCAGAGUUUUAUUUUCCAGGGUUGAUCAUUCACACUAACAUCACAGAUACAGAUUCCAGUCAUUUUGUUGAUACAGAGAUUUUAUUAUACAUCAUAAAAAAUAUCAAUUAAUGGACCAAUUAAUCAUGUUUAAUUGAAUAUAAUUAUAUAUCAGAACAAUUUUUAAUUUUUAUUGAAAGUUUAUUUUUUCAUGUGUCAUUGUUUUUCAUUAAACCUUUAAAGAUGA